AAGUCCCGCCGUAAGGCUUCGGCCUCCUCGCCUUGCUCCCGGAAAGGUGCUGCUCCGCCCACCAACAACGAGGAGGAGAGCUCCUCCAGCAGCGCCUCGCUUAUUUGAUUUGAGCAAAUAAAGGAAGGAGAGAUUACCAUGACAAGCUUGAACCCUGUGCAUCAUCUGGGGUGAAAAACUGGCACACAACUCAUCACACCACCAUGCAGGGACAUCUGUCUAUUGAGUUCCACUCAUGUGAAUCUGCUUCAGAGCUGACGCUGCUAUGACAACCACCAUCAGCUCCCGGGUGUCCAAUGAGGAGUCAUAUUUAGGGUCCCUCCCUGACUCCCAGGUGUUCAGAUCGCCGCUCGAGUUUUUCUCAGCCUCCCGUAUCCUCCUGCCCAACUUCGCAGAUGGGCCCCCUGUUCUGGCCCGCUCCCGGUCCCCGGAGGAACCUCCCUCCGCCUGUCCUCCUCUGGCUCUCCCGGGAUUGUGUUUCUCUGCGGCGCAGAUCGCCAGCGUCUGCGAAACUCUGGAGGAGACCGGAGACAUCGAGCGGCUGGCCCGUUUCCUCUGGUCCCUCCCGGUGACCGCAGACGGCCGCGACUCCAUCUCUGAGCAUGAGUCUGUGCAGCGGGCUCGCGCCGUUGUGGCAUACCACACAGGGAGUUUCCGCGAGCUUUAUCAAAUCCUGGAGACUCACCGCUUUACGCGGACCUCGCACGGUAAACUGCAAGCGAUGUGGCUGGAAGCUCACUACCGGGAGGCAGAGAAGCUCCGGGGUCGGCCGCUCGGACCGGUUGACAAGUACCGCGUGAGGAAGAAGUUCCCGUUACCAAGGACUAUCUGGGAUGGAGAGCAGAAGACGCACUGCUUCAAAGAGCGCACAAGGGGACUCCUAAGAGAAUGGUACUUGCAGGACCCAUACCCGAAUCCCGGGAAGAAGCGGGAGCUGGCGCACGCAACCGGACUCACACCGACUCAAGUUGGGAACUGGUUCAAAAACCGGAGACAGAGAGACCGGGCGGCAGCAGCCAAAAACAGGUUGCAGCACCACCGGAUGUGUCCAGGCGGUGUGCGUUCACUUAGUGGAGGAGAGUGCAGUCCAGACGAAAGCGGAGAGCGCGCAGAUGGAGAAACUCUUCUCUCAGUAACGGACAGUGACUCUGACCUGGAUGUCUGAGACUUUUUAAAUUAAUGAAAUGAACCUUCGGGGGCCUGUGAUGCUCCGUCGUGGAUUUACCGCAGAGAGGAGGAUGAUAAAGGGUGGCAAAAGGCUGGUCAGCGUUUGGGUUGCAAUGAAGUUCACGGCAUAAAACAACUUAAUCCUAAAUAUAACCCCAGCCUCCAAACAGA